AUGUCCCCUUUCAAAGACAGCAAAAGCCUUGUCACAGGAGAACUUGGCAAUCUCCAAUCAGUCCAAGACAGUGCUCACGAGCCGUCGCAAAGUGUCAAAGACGAACUGAAACAUAGCGAUCCUCCCCCGCCUGAGAUCCUUCGAUCACUUUCCAACGAAGAGUUUACUGCAUGGGGCGAGUAUCUAGAGAAGGAGAAGCCGGAAGAAUACAUCUCGUGGAAGAUGCGAAUGAUUGGGGAGAGUCAGCAAAGAUCGACAUGUCGGUUUGAGAAUCAACAGGCGAGUGGGCAACAAGGAUCUGACGCGUUGUCUACCUCUGAUCCUAGCAGCUUCGUGCAGGAAGGGGUUACAAGAGAAGAGCAGAAGGGGGAUGAGACACUGUUGACCAUGAAAAAGCACGAUAUCUCAAAGAGAAAGGAACACUAG